UUAAAUUGUUUUGCUGUUAAUAUCUUUUGAAUGUUGAUUAUUAUGUUUAUGUCUUUAGUUUUAUCUCUGAUUCUUCUGUUACUUCUUUUAUCUUGCUUUAUGGAGAUGUGUUGAUACUCACUGACCGAAAUUUUGGAUUAUUUCAGAGGUGAAUCUUGAUUGUAAUUGUUAUUCUUUUCUCCCCAUCUUCUUAGUAGAAUGGUAAUUCUCUUUCGCCUCUUAUAUAUCUUAGUACUUCAAAUUCUUACGGUCUAAGUGUUUGAUUAUUACCUGAGAGUUUUUGAUAUUUUUUGUAUUCUGUGAUUUUGAUAUUUGAUGAUUUUGAUGAAGUUGUGUAUAGUGACAGUUUUGAUGAAGAUGGGCAUGUGUUUGUUACUUAAAAGGGACAACUGUCCAGUUAUCUUGAAGUCUUAUGAGUUAUUUGGAAUCUCGUGCUCACAUACUUCACAUAAAGUAACACUUCCUUUGCUUUUUUUUAAAUAUUAUUUCUUCUUAGUUCUUUGCUUGGAUCAUAUCAUGCUGAGUUUUUACACCAAUCUGGCUGGCACUAAAGGAAAAUGCAGAUUUGACACCUUGAAUUUGGGCACAUCAAGGCUACAUGACAAAGAUGAAAAUCUGCACUCUUCAGAGCAUGUUAAUGCUGGGGGUGCUACCAAGGAAGUGCCCAUUGAUGAUGCUAGUUAUAGCAAAUUACAGGGUACUGAUUAUAAGUGUGCUGAAUCACCUGCAUCAGAAACCCUGUCUGAUAUUGAAGAUCUUGAGGUAGAUAACUACAUUCACACUGCAGAGGAGAUGCAGUACAAGAAGAUCAUCUGGGAAGAAUUGAAUAGAGAAUAUGUUGAGGAACAACUAGCCAAGGAAGCUGCUGCAGCUGCUGCAAAGGAGGCGUGUGAAGCGCAUAUGCGGAAUUGUCCUGAGGACAUGGAGGAUGCUAGAAAGCUUGCUGCAGAAGUUGCAGCAGCCAUGGAACAAUCGAAAAAGGAAAGACGACAAAAAAGUGCAGCAGAGGCUAAAAAUGCAGCUCCUCCUCGAACUGCUGCAGAAGCAACCCGCCAAAUGCUAGCCAAGAAGAAGCUUGACUCGAAGAUCAACUAUGAUGUGUUGGACGAACUUUUUAAUGACUCGGUUUCUCCAGAUAACAAGAAAAGCCGUCUAAAUGAUGAGGUGUACGCCAGUGGAACAGAAUACGUGAAGCAGAAUAUGAAGGAAAAUGACUCUGAACUGCUUCCAGAAAACGAGAAUGAAGGUGGACCAGAGGAAUUUUCUGAGGGCUUGCAAUAUGGUAAUGAAGAAGACUACAUUGAUGAUUAUGGAUAUGAUGAGGAAUAUUAGAAUGAUUGAAAUACCUAUUUUUUCAUCUAUAAUAAAGUUGGACUUGGACGACAACAAAUAGAUGGCAGCGAGAUUUUAACUGUUGUACAUCGUUUCUAUAUUGCAGCUUUAGUGAAUCAUCUGAAAUUCAUUAUUUUAUGCAAAAGAUAAUAAAUACACCGUUAGAAAUGCUCUCUAUAUUAGUCAAAUUUCAGAUCUGAGAUGACCACAACUAUUUGUAUUGUUUCAGGUGGCCUUAAUUUCUGUAAUCUGCACGUGAAAGCAUUGUAACAAAUCAUUAUGAUAAUUUUAUUUAUUUUUUUGAUAUUUAACCAAAUACAUUAUUUGCUUC